AUGGCUUCCGUUCAGGCUGCCCCUGCUGUCCAGCUCCCUGGCGCCGGCAUGACCGCCACCACUCCUCAACAGGCUCAAGAGAUAUUCAACAAAUUUAAGCAGAUGAGAGAAAAUGGCGUCCCCACCACCGACCCCGAAUAUAUCAAGGCCGAGCAGUUCGUUCUGUCUUUCCAACAACAAGCGCGUCUACGACAGAAACAACAAGCUUUCCUCCAACACCAGCAGCAACAGCAGCAGAUGCAACAGCAGCGACAGAUGCAGCAGGCUGGUGGCCCCAAUGGCGCUGUCAACGGCGCGCAUCCCGCUCAGCAGCAGCAACAGUCAACACAACCAUCUGCGUCCAGUGCGCUUGGCGGCUCUGCCCUUCCCUCUGCAAGCUCAAAUACCUCGGUCGCCGCCGCCGGCUCGCCAACCACAUCGGCUCCGUCAAGCGGUCCUGGCGCUGGUCAAUUCAACCCUCAGCAACUGAGUCUGCUUCGCCAACAAAUCCAUGCAUUCAAGUUGCUGACAAAGAAUGCUGGCGUUCCUUUGCAGAUGCAGCAGGCCAUCUUCACCCAACGCGAGCGGAGGAAAGCCAUCGCCGCCGAGGCCGCCGCGAUGGCGGCUUCAUCAACACCGGCACCCGUUUCUCGCGACUCCGCACAGCCUGGUCCGAAUGGCGUCGAGUCCAAGUCUGAACCUCCCGAGGUUCAGGGCCCAACGUUCAAGGCUGUCAAGUCUCCUUACGACGACCCCAACCUGAUCCGCAAGUCCAUCAGCUACUUCGAACACACCCAGCGCAGGAACCGCAAGCUAAUUCCUGGACUUUUCCCUACCGGUGUGGACUUUGACCAGCUGCGCUACGAGCGAGAAGUCAUUAUCUUCAACCGCAUGCGUGACCGUUACGCCGAGCUGAAGAGCACGCCGGCAAACAUCGCUCACUGGGACACCACCGCGGACGAUGUCGAACUGGACGACAGCGCCAGGGUCAAGGCCAUCAUUGAGAUGAAGGGUCUGGGGCUGUACGCCAAGCAGAGGGCAAUGCGCGACAAGAUUGGCCGCUCGAUGAUGUUUUACGACAACCUCGCUAUGACCACCAACCGUUCCAACUACCGCCGCACCAAGAAGAUGACGGUUCGCGAGGCUAGAAUCACCGAGAAGCUUGAGAAGCAGCAGCGCGAUAUCCGUGAGAACCGUGAGAAGAAGAGGCACACCGACUUCCUCGCGGCCAUCACCCAACACCGGAACGAGAUCCAGCAGACUGCCGCAAGCCAGCGUAAUAAGUCGAGCAAGCUUAACAAGCUCAUGUUCGCCCAGCACUACAAUAUUGAAAAGGAAGAGCAGAAGAGAAUCGAGCGCACCGCCAAGCAGCGUCUGCAAGCCCUCAAGGCCAACGACGAAGAGGCAUAUCUCAAGCUGCUCGACGAAGCCAAGGACACCCGUAUCACCCACCUUCUGCGACAGACCGACGGGUUCUUACGCCAGCUCGCCGCCUCUGUCAAGUCUCAGCAAAGGAAGGCUCUAUUGGAACAAACUGGCGAGGAACAGAUGCCAGAGGAAGAGGAGGAGAGCGAGCACGAGAGCGACGCAGACGACACGAGCGGAAGGAAGAUUGACUACUAUGCCGUUGCCCACAAGAUCAAGGAGGAGGUCACCGAGCAGGCCAACAUGCUCGUGGGUGGCAGGCUCAAAGAAUACCAGGUCAAGGGUCUGCAAUGGAUGAUCUCACUGUACAACAACAAUCUCAACGGUAUUCUUGCAGACGAGAUGGGUCUCGGCAAGACCAUCCAGACCAUCAGUCUGGUCACGUACCUCAUCGAGCGCAAGAAGCAGGAAGGACCUUAUCUGGUCAUCGUGCCACUCAGCACUUUGACCAACUGGACCCUUGAAUUCGAGAAGUGGGCCCCGUCCGUCAGCAAGAUCGUCUACAAGGGACCUCCUCUGGCCAGAAAGCAACAGCAGGACAAGAUUCGCCAGGGACGCUUCCAAGUUCUGCUCACGACAUACGAGUACAUCAUCAAGGACCGGCCGGUUCUUAGCAAGAUCAAGUGGUUCCACAUGAUUAUCGACGAAGGUCACCGUAUGAAGAACCAGAACUCCAAGCUUACGUCCACCAUCCAACAAUACUACCACACCCGAUUCCGCCUGAUUUUGACGGGUACCCCGCUGCAGAAUAACCUUACUGAGCUGUGGGCCAUGCUCAAUUUCACCCUCCCCACUAUUUUCAAAUCCGCCAAGACUUUCGACGAGUGGUUCAACACGCCCUUUGCCAACACGGGUGGACAGGACAAGAUGGACCUCACGGAAGAAGAGCAGAUUCUCGUCAUUCGUCGCCUGCACAAGGUGCUGCGACCCUUCCUGCUGCGUCGUCUGAAGAAGGAUGUCGAAAAGGACCUCCCGGACAAGACAGAAAAGGUCAUCAAGUGCAAGUUCUCGGCCCUGCAGAGCAAGCUGUACAAGCAGAUGGUCACGCACAACAAGAUCCUCGUCAGCGACGGACAGGGUGGCAAGGCUGGUGCUCGUGGUCUGAGCAACAUGAUCAUGCAGCUUCGCAAGCUCUGCAACCACCCCUUCGUCUUUGACGAAGUCGAGAACACCAUGAACCCCAUGAGCAUCAGCAACGACUUGCUCUGGAGAACGGCCGGCAAGUUCGAGCUCUUGGACCGGGUUUUGCCCAAGUACAAGGCUACGGGCCAUCGCGUCCUGAUGUUCUUUCAGAUGACGGCGAUCAUGGACAUUAUGGAAGAUUACCUGAGAUACCGCAACAUGAAGUACCUCCGUCUGGACGGUACGACCAAGUCAGACGAGCGUUCCGAUCUGUUGCGCGAGUUCAAUGCUCCGAACUCGGAUUACUUCAUGUUCUUGCUGUCGACACGUGCCGGUGGUCUUGGUCUGAAUUUGCAGACUGCCGACACCGUCAUUAUCUACGAUUCUGACUGGAACCCUCAUCAAGAUUUACAGGCCCAGGAUCGUGCCCAUCGUAUCGGGCAAAAGAACGAGGUUCGCAUCCUGCGUCUCAUCAGUUCCAACUCGGUCGAAGAGAAGAUCUUGGAAAGAGCCAGGUACAAGCUCGACAUGGACGGCAAGGUCAUCCAGGCCGGUCGUUUCGAUAACAAAUCGACGGAAACAGAUCGUGACGCCAUGUUGCGAACCCUUUUGGAGAGUGCCGACCUUGCAGAAACGGGAGAGCAGGAUGAAAUGGACGAUGAGGAGUUGAACCUGCUCCUCGCUCGUAGCGACGACGAGGUGACUGUCUUCCAGAAGCUCGACGAGGAGCGGAGGAAGGACCCAAUCUACGGCGAUGCGGCCGGCGCGAAGGCCAAGCCCCGUCUGUUGGGAGAGGACGAACUCCCCGACAUCUAUCUGGGCGACGGCAGCCUGGUGGAAGAGGAGGUGGAGACGAGUCUUGGACGCGGAGCCCGUGAGCGGACCAAGGUUCGCUACGACGACGGCCUCACGGAGGAGCAGUGGCUCAUGGCUGUCGAUGACGACGACGAUUCUCCCGAGGCUGCUGCUGCGCGCAAGCAAGCACGUAAGGACAAGAGGGAGAACAACCGGCUCAAGAGGACAGCCGUGAUGAACGCCGCGGAUGCCUCCCCCUCGGUAAGUCGCGCCAGCACCGAGGAAGUGGAAACGCCCAAAAAGAGGGGUCGCAAGCCCGGCAGCAAGAACCAGGAGAAGCGCAAGGCAGACGAUGGCGAGGAUGAGCCGCCAGCCAAGAAGCGUCGCGGACCCCAAGGCAGACCCAAGGCGGUCUCCGUGUCGGCGGGGUCUGAAGCGCCACGAAUCUCGGCCCAGCAGCGCCAGUCCCUCCAGACAAGCGCGCGUGCCCUGUUUGACGGACUCAUGAACCUUGAGGUCGACGAUCCGGAGCCCCCUGAGGAGGAUGACGACGAGUCGGUGGCAGGCAAGCGGAUCAUUAUCGGACCGUUCCUUGCUUUGCCUCCCAAGCGCGACUACGCCGACUACUACUUGAUCAUUCAAGCCCCCAUCUCGAUGAAGCAGAUCGAGCAAAAGAUUAAGAAGCAGCAAUAUUAUAGCCUCGGCGACAUGCGCAAGGAUGUCGAUCUCAUGUUCAGCAACUGCCAAACGUACAACGAGGAGGCAUCACUUCUGUACCAGGAUUCCCUGACUUUACAGAAAUUCUUUCACGAGCAGCUCCAGAAGGAACUCGAGGAGCACCCGGAGUUGCAAGAGCUUGAGGGCGAUGGCCCCAAAGAGGCGUCUGUGGCACCCAGCGCCAGUGCGAGCGUCGGAACCCCUCAACCGGUAACGUCGGCCACGAGAAUCAAGCUGAUCUCUUCGGCUUCCAACGGCGCCAAAGAAGCGAACGGCGAAAGCAACGGAGGCAGCAACGGUGCUCCGAGCGACCAGGAGUAG